AUGGGAAUAAGUUGCUCUAAAGAAAAACAAAAUUCUAAAAUAAUUUAAAGCUUAUAUUCAAAGAUUUAUAAAAAGCAAGAUAAAACAGACUUGAUUCUAUAUCUUAAAGCCUUUAUAAAUGAUGAAUAAUCAAAUGCUUUCAAAACUCAAAUUAAAAAUUUCCAAAACACUGAAUUUUUAGAUUUGGGAGUGGAAACAAGACACAUUAGCUUCAAAAGCUUAUAAGUUAUAGCAGAAUCUUUUCUUCACUUACAGUUUUUAAGAAUUGUUAAACUUCACGUUUUGCUGGAAUAAUUUACUUCUACUGAAAGCGUUCAUGUCGCUAGCAUAUUAGAGAAUACUAAUUUGAAAAAAAUAGUUAUCACUACAUAGGGAAAUGUUGAUAAUGAAAACAACUAGAUUAAAAAGUUUUUUGGUAACAUUAGUGGGUUCUAGUGCCUUUUCGCAAGGAUUUAAUGUGAUUCUUUCGAUAAUUACUCGAUUGAACUCUUGUUUGAUCCCUUUAUCAAGCUGACUGAGCAAUAAUUGCAUUUAUAAGUCUUUCAUUUAAAUUUUAUAAGUAAUUAAAUUAGCGAUGGUGGUGCUAUCUAAAUAUCUAAAGCUUUAAAAAUAUAAUAAUUCUUAUAAGAUAUUACAGUUGAUCUAUCGAAAAAUUAAAUUGAUACACUAGGUGCUAUUAGUCUCAUUUCUUGUGUUAAAGAAUUAAAAUUUUUAAAAUUAUAUGGCUUAGGAUUAGAAAAAAACAAAUUAAAAUCUCUCAUUGAGCUUAAUGAAGAUGAUGAAAAUGAUAAAAUUCCUACUUAACUCAAUAAAUUAGAGGUUUUUUCAUUAAAUUUAAGAUUUAAUUAUAUGAAUGAUAAUAUUCUGGUCCUCUUGGUUAAAUAUUUAAACAUCUAUGCAUUUACUUAAGAAAUUUAGUUAGAUUUAUCAUAUAAUUAAAUAGAUUUUAAGGGUGUGAAUGCUCUUUCAUAGUCAUUUUAAUAAUUUAAGAACUUAAAAUGUGCUAAGCUGCUUCUUGGGUAAAAUUAGAUUUAGUAAACAGGUGCUAAUACUUUGUACACAACCCUCCUAAAUAAUUCGUUUCUUAAACAAAUUGUGCUUAAUUUAAAAAGAAAUUAAGUUGUUGAUUACCUUUAAGUGCAAAAUGAACCUUAGUUAAAUAAUCUUUAAAUAUUAGAUAUUAACAUUAGUGAAAAUACUCUUGAAAGUGGAGCAGUCAAUUUUUUUGAAAGUAUUAGUUAAUUUAAGAAUCUAAAAACAUUGAAAUUAAGAUUAGAGCAUAUUACAUAAAUUAUACCUCUUGAUAACUUAAAAAGUACAAUUACAAGCUUAAAACUAUUAGAAGCAUUUACAUUUAGCCAUACAGAUCUAAAUCAAAAUGAUGUCUUAAAAAUAAUAUAAAUAUGUAAGGGUAUUACUAAUUUAAGCACUUUGAGCUUAGCAUUUAAAGCCUCUUUGAAUUUCGAGUUGUAGCCAAUAGCAAGUGAGCUUAAAAAACUAGAUAGAGUUAAAUCCCUCAAAUUUUAACUAAGAGCUAAAUAGUAGUGGAGAUAGGAUUAAAUUCAAAAUGUUUACAAAGUAACAAAAAAACUCAAAAGACUUGUUCUAAAAAACAUUAAUAUUGAAUGA